AUGACAGGGUUUGGCUCAUCAUGUGGAGCAUGCAAGUUCCUAAGGAGAAAGUGUGCUAGUGAUUGUGUUUUUGCUCCUUACUUCUCUUAUGAACAAGCUUCAACCCAUUUUUCAGCUGUGCAUAAGGUUUAUGGUGCUAGUAAUGUUUCUAAACUAUUGUCACAUCUUCCUAUGCAGAAUAGGAGUGAUGCUGCCAUCACUAUAUCUUAUGAAGCCUUGGCUCGCAUGCAAGAUCCUAUUUAUGGUUGUGUUGCUCAUAUCUAUGCAUUGCAACAUCAGGUAGCAAGUUUACAAGAGGAGAUAGAUAUUCUUGGAAGUCUAAUGGAAAAUUCUAAUGUUAGUAUUGUGGAUUGUGACAAUGUCCAAGCACCAAUGAAUUCAAACAAUGGAACACAAUAUUACCCUAAUCAAUUGGCUAAUUAUCUUUCACAAGAAGGUUCCACAACAUGUCAAAGUUUUGAAUCAUACAUGAAUAUGGAUAUGGAAAUUCCUAGUGCACAUGGAAUGGCUGAGCCUUUAUAUGGUGAUUCCAACUCCAAUGCAUUAGAGAAAUUUCUAUCAGGAAUUGAUCAAGAGGGUUUCCUGAACCACCCUUGGUUUAAGCAUAAUUCAAACAUGUAA